CGCGGCGGGGCGGACAUGGGGGGCCCGGGCUGCUCUGGGAGUAGUAGUUCCGCCGGGCGCUCGUUCCCUGGGCCCCGGCGGGGCCUCCACACCAAGCCGCGGGGACACAGUGACUCCUCAGCCCGGUCCUUCCCGCCCUGCCGCGGUUGGCCGCGCAAGCGGGGGCGGGCCUCUGCGCCGUGCGGCCAAUGGGGACUGGGCCUGGAGGCCGGGGCGGAGCGGCCCCAGCGCGACGCCCGGAGUGGCGGUUGUUUCAAGAUGGCGGACGUGGCGGGCCCCUCCCGCCCCGGCGCGGCGGCGUUCUGGAGCCGGGACUUUUCUGAUGAAGAACAAUCAGUAGUAUAUGUUCCAGGAAUUUCUACAGAAGGAAAUAUCAGAUCAAGACACAAGAUGAUGAGUCCAAAAGCUGAUGUUAAACUUAAGACUUCCAGGGUGACUGCUGCUUCAAUCUCCAUGGAGUCUUUAAAAGGUGCAGGAGAUUCCAUAAAUGAACAGAAUUUCUGCAGGGGAGGAAUAAAGAGUGCAUCACUGAAGGAUUUAUGUCUUGAAGACAAAAGACGCAUUGCAAACUUAAUUAAAGAAUUGGCCAGAGUAAGUGAGGAAAAGGAAGUGACAGAAGAACGACUCAAAGCUGAGCAGGAAUCAUUUGAGAAGAAGAUCAGGCAGUUGGAAGAGCAGAAUGAACUGAUCAUCAAAGAAAGGGAAGCUCUUCAGCUACAGUAUAGAGAAUGCCAAGAACUUCUAAGCCUCUAUCAGAAAUAUCUAUCAGAACAACAAGAGAAGCUCACCAUGUCUCUCUCAGAACUUGGUGCUGCUAGAAUGCAGGAACAACAGGUAUCCAAUAGGAAAAGCACUCUCCGGUCUUCCUCUGUAGAACUGGAUGGUUCCUACUUGAGUGUAGCCAAACCACAAACCUACUAUCAAACCAAGCAAAGGCCUAAGUCUGCAAACCAGGACCCAGCUUCAGAAUCCCUUGUGGAGUUUAGGAAUAAUUCUUUGAAACCAGCAGCCCUUCAUUAUCCCAAAGAGGAUCUAGACAGGGUGCAGUCAGAGACCAGAACAUGUAAUUAUGGAUCCCCAGGGAGAAAACUAGUAGAUGCAGUCCCUACAGAGAAAGCUCCACCAGAGGAAUUGAAGAUGAAGGAAUGCCAACACCUUAAGCCUGCUCCCUCUAGUCAGUGUUGUGAUCACAGACUUUCUGAAAAUGCAGAUCAUGUUCAUGACAGCCAUCCUACAAACCUGGCACCUCAAUAUUCCAAGACACAUCCAGAAUCCUGCAGUUAUUGUGAGCUUUCCUGGGCAUCUCUGAUGCAUGGCCGAGGGGCACUUCAGCCUAGUGAAACUGAUGUCAAAAAGCAACUCUCAGAAGAUAGAAGGCAGCAACUUAUGCUUCAGAAAAUGGAACUGGAAAUUGAAAAGGAGCGCCUUCAGCAUCUGCUCGCCCAGCAGGAGACAAAGCUGCUCCUAAAACAGCAGCAGCUUCAUCAGUCUCGACUGGAUUAUAAUUGGUUAAGAACUCAAGCUGUAUUUAAGUCGAGAGAACUGGUUGCUCAUAAAGAGCUUGCUAAACCCCAAGAGCUCAAUCUGGAUAUGAAUGGUCGUGACUCUGGACCAAGUUUAUUGAAGUCAAAAUGUGAUGGCUGGCUGCUUGGAACAUCACCAUCCAUCAAAAAGUACCAAGAGUCCACUAACAGUGGAGAGAAUAGAAGUGAAAAGAAGACAGUUGGGUUUCAGUCGCAUAUGGAAGAUGAUGCCCUGUGGACAUGUCAAAAGAAAGAUACAUAUCGACCCCAAAGAGGGACAACAUCAGGAGUUAGAAAAGAUGCGUCCACAUCUCCAAUGACAACAGGAAACCAAAAGCAGCUUGUAACCACAACCACAUCACCGUUCCAACACAACAACUCCCGGUAUGAGACAUCUCUGUUGGAUUUGGUUCAAUCUCUGAGCCCAAAGUCUACUUCCAAACCUCAGCCCCAUCCCUCCAGAGAAGUUGGGGCCUGGAAUCACAGUACUCGCCGACUCAGUCCUCUAAAAUCAACCUGGAACAAGAUGGGGGCAGGCAGGACCCCUGAAGACCUGGAGGAAAAGCAAAUUCUGGAAGAUAUCUUUUUCAUUUGACACUGAAGCACAUGCUGCAAAAUUUCCACCAGAAAUAUGUGGGUUUCCUUGUAUACUGAUCUAGGAUUUUAAAUUAUUCAAUUGCAAAGUAAUAGUGUCUCCCCUUUUGCAGGGAUCUAUCCCACUAGCAUCCUGUUAUGUAUUGAAUAUAGAAAUCAUUCUAACAACCCAGGGUGUUUUUGAUCAGACCAGUCAGUAGAUAGUACAUUAAGGGGGUGGGGGUGGAGGGCAGUAUCUUUCCUAUGCCACUCAGAGAUUAGAAAAUUAACAUAGGACAUGUUAAUUUGUUAAUAUGCCAUAUGCAUGGCAGAGGCAUAUUCAGCAUCAUUUCAAGAGUGUUUCCUUUUCAAUAUUUUGCUGGAAAAGUUUGGCUCUCUUUUGUACACGAGGAAAACCUUUCCUCUGAAAGACUCCUCUAAUUUAAAAGUCACCCCUUGUAAUGUAAGCAAUUUCAGACAGACAGACCCUUUUACCUGUCCACCCUGUUCUCUCACCACUUACCUCUACCUCUAUCUAAGUGUAGUCAUUUAAUUCUGAAGUUAUAGUUGGUGCCCCUACCGUCACAAGCAGCACUGAGGACCAAUUGCCAGUCCGUCUUAUAAGUCAUCAGCCUGGCACCUGCCCAUCCCAUAACCAAAAGGGCUCAAUGGGCUAGAGGCAGGGACCCAACCAACCCUUGGAAACUGGCAUUAAAUCACACAACAGAGUGACUGCCCUAGGGAAAUCCAGUGGAGGCACAAGCCUAAAACCUUUUCCUUCCAUCCUCACAUUUCCCAGGAUAAAUAAGAGCAAUCUUAGUAUUUUUUGUUGACCAAAGUAUCUACUUUAUUCAUCCUUAUGAACUUCCUUUGACUGUGUCUGGGGAAGAUGCCACUAGAAGGAGAGUACCAUCCAGCUGCUGCAGACUGAUAGGCUUUCCCUGGCCUUCCCUCUCACCCCAUGAGGAUCAAAGGCACUGGGUUGACCAGGCCUUGCACAUGCUCUCCUCAGGGCC